CCCCAAGGUUCACCGGGAUUGAUAUGUUCCCCUUCGAUUUUCCGACCGCUAAAAAUUCAAAUGUUGAAUUGAAACAUCACAAUGUAUUAAAUGGUCUUCCAUAUGAUGAUCUUACUUUCGAUUAUGUGAGCAUUAGACUUAUGGCGAUUGAUGUACCAGAUGAUAAAUGGCCUGAACUGUUGAAUGAGUGUGUUAGAGUACUUAAGGUUAAUGGGUGGAUCGAAAUAAUAGAUACAGACGGUGAACCUAGUAGUGAUGGACCUUGGACCAGGAUUGUUAGCAGAGCCACUACCACACAUUAUCAGAAUCUUCGUUCAUUACCUAAUCUAUCCGAUAUAACACAUGAAUCCCGGAUAAUGAAAAUUGGGAAAUGGGGUGGGAAAAUUGGGGAAUUAAGCUCACAAUAUUUUCGAGAACUUUUUAAAGUAUUUUUAUUAUUAUUUGGUGGUCAAAUAAAAUUAAAUGGUGAAGGUAUUGAUGGAAAGAUUAAAGAUUUUGUAAGGAGAGGAAGAAAAAAGAGCAUUGAAGAAUUUUUAUCGAGGGUUGAAGCUGAAUGUGAGAUUUAUCAAACUUAUCUUGUUCAUCAUGUAUUUUAUGCUCAAAAAUUAUAUCAGUUGUAG